AAUGUCAACAGUGGGAAGUGGUGUUGGCUAUUGCGGACUUCCCACUGACGUUCCAACCUGGUCUGCCGACUCCUGAUCGGUUGUUGUUUUCGGUUUAUGAGUUUCCGUUUAUUGAGUAGCUUAUCUGCGAAGUUGCGGAGCGUUGUGUACAGGGCUGCGACCGUCGCAUUGAUCGACAUGAAGAAGGCGCAGGUUGUGUUUGUGCUAGGUGGGCCUGGCUCGGGCAAAGGAACCCAGUGCGUCAGAAUCGUUGAGAACUACGGUUACACUCAUCUGUCUGCCGGAGACCUGCUGAGGGCUGAACGGAGCCGAGAGGGCUCCGAGUUCGGACAGCUCAUCGAUAACCACAUUAAGGAUGGCAAGAUAGUCCCCUUCGAGAUCACCAUUAAAUUACUCAAGAAGGCCAUGGARGAGACCAGGAAGUUAGACGAGAAGAAGAUCCACUUCCUCAUCGACGGCUUCCCCCGAAACGAGGAAAACCUCCAGGGGUGGACCACCAUCAUGGAUGGGGAGGCUGACGUCAAAUKUGUGCUUUUCUUCGAUUGUAGCAAUGAGGUCUGUAUCAACAGAUGUGUAGAAAGAGGGAAGAGCAGUGGGCGCACCGAUGACAACAGAGCGAGCCUGGAGAAAAGGAUCCAGACCUACCUGCAGUCAACACGGCCCGUCAUCUCACUGUAUGAGAAACAGGGCAAGGUGCGCACUGUGGAUGCCUCGUGCGGUGUGGACAAGGUGUUUGCCAAUGUCAAAACCAUCCUGGACAAGGAGAUUUGAAAUUCCGCACACUGCCAACAACUACCAUUCACAGAUACUUUUAGUUGCAGCAACAAUAUACUUAGUUUAUUUCCAUUCAUUACUUUUUACACUUAUAUAUUUUUUUGGGGGGGGCCUAUUUUUUUGUCAAUGCCAAGGUGUGUGUGUGUGUGUGUGUGUGUGUGUUAGAGUGAAUGAGAUGCUCUGCUGAAAAACCUUACAUGAACCCUCUGAGGGGGUUCACUAUGAUAGUAGUACACCGACUGACAGGUCUGUCAUUUUAGUCGGGGGCCUUUGUAUACGGACAAGACUAUUAGAAUUGCUCUGCUCCGCGAGGUGCUUGUUUUUCUUGUGAAGCAGAGGCAUAUACAGUACAGUAUGUUAACAAAAUGACAUUUUCUGUGAUAAAAUCUCCGUACAUCAUUGUCAGCAGUAACCUAGACAAGCACAUGCUUUUUUCACAGACCAACCACUUCUCUGGACUAGAUAGAGAAGAAUCAUGAAGAAAAGGACAGACCAAGGGGGAGAGAGAGCAUCUCUGCUAAAUCAAUUUAGAUAAACACUGUUGUCUUAUGGGCUUCCCCUGUAUACUAAUUAAACAUAGAAAACACCUGUCUCAUGUUGAAAGAAAUAUGAACUAAGGUAAUGGAGAAACAAGCAACCUUGAUUGCAGUAGUACAAAUUUGUAUAUUAAACUGGCAUGACAACGAUAGUUGGUUACAGCACAUACAGUGUUGGACCAGUUCGAAAUUUAAACUGGGCUUAGUCCUAAAUUUAAACUCUGUUCAUCUGUGAGUGCAUCACUGCACAUUAAAUAUUAUUUGGUGUUCUGCACGUGAAAUAUUAUUUGGUGUUCUGCACAUGAAAGAUUAUUUGGUGUUCUCCAGAAUGCUGAAAUACUGAGUGUCUUUGUGGUCCCAUGUAGGGUGACUGAAAAUGUCAAGUCCAAUAGAUACCUAGUUCUCCAUGAUCACUUGGCUCUGGCUUUAUGCGUCACUACAAAAGUGCACAAAGAUCAGCUCUCGACUUAAGUUUUUGUUGUGUGUUAUUUGUUUAAUCAUUGAUUACACAACAAAGGAAAAAAGUACCAGUUUUGUUGAAUCUGAGUAUGUUACCAUGUAAAGUGGGAGAAAAAGUUAAUGACAGACAAACCAAAUAUACCUCCAUCUCGUGUC